AGAAGGGUUGGAAGAGAAAUGGAGGAUAAGGGUGUUAAACAAGAGGUAGUAGAACCUAAGCUCAAAAAGAGAGAUAAAAAACAGAUAAAUAAAAUCAAAGAGGAAACAACCCAUGAAGAAGUAAAGGACAAUGAAAAGCAGGCUACUAACAAAGAGACCUCCAAUAAAUGUAUCAAGAAAGAGUUAGAAACAAAGGAUAAACCAAAGAAGAAGAUCAUCAAAGGAAAGCCUCCUAAGAAGUCUCUAAGGAAAAUGAAAAAGAAGCCAACAACCAAGCCAAUUAGCGAGUUUAUUGAGAUCAAUGAGAAGAUCUUGAAGUAUCACCAGAAAAUCAUUAUUGAUGAUCUUGAUAUCUACUUUCCUUUCGAACCAUUUGCCGUACAGACGGAAUAUAUGAAGAAGAUGCUCGACUCUUGAGAAACCUCAGCAAAUGCUAUCCUUGAAAGUCCAAGAGGGACAGGCAAAACACUUUCAAUACUUUGAACAGCCUUAGCUUGGCUUAAGAGAGAACGAAAGAAUCAAGCAAACUUAGGAAUUAAGGAUAAAGCGAAAAUAGUAUAUUGUACAAGCAGUCAUGAUUUGAUCAAUGAUGCUAUUAGUGAACUCAAAAAGACUGUUUAUGAGCCUAAAAUAUCAAUUAUCGGAUCGAGAGAUAACCUUUGCUCAAAUCCCAAAGUCAACAAAUAUCGUGGUGCAACUCUUAAUUCCAAAUGUAAGCAGAUCCGGACCUCGACUGAUGAAAAAGUAUCCUGCAAGUACUUCAAGAAUACAAAUGAUAGGAAAGAAGAUAUUAAGCAAAAUUGGGAGGUUCAGGAUAUUGAAGAUCUCCAUCAAAUGGCAGCAAAGGAAUCUAUUUGUCCAUAUUACCUUGAAAAGAUUAAGCUUCAAGAUGCUGAUAUCAUAUUCAUCCCAUAUGCAUAUUUGAUAGACCACAAGCAGUUUCAGAAUUACAGAGUGUCUUUAACAAACGCCAUAAUUAUCUUUGAUGAAGCUCAUAACAUAGAGCAUAAGUGAGAAGAGAUCUCAAGUUUUGAGCUCAGUCUUGAUGACCUAAAGCACUGUACCACAGAACUAUCAGGAUUAGAACAAAGAAUCAAUAGAGCAAAGAAAGCGGAUAAGGAAAAGUUCACCUGUUCCCUUACAGAUGUUGAGAAUGUCAAGAUUUUAACUCAGAAUUUCAGAGAUUAUAUUAAGACCUUUGACCUGAAUGACUCGGAUAAACUUUUUAGCAAAGCAAUGAAAGAUGGUCAAUCCACGUAUGCAGGUAGUAAAAUGUUUGAGAUAUUGUUCAAAGCAUCUGAGCAUGGGAUGAAUCCAGCAGAUUAUGAAGGAAUAUCACCUAAAACAUUCCAGUUUUGGACAACAACGUUUGAGAAUGUCCUUGCAGAUAUUGCUCUCGAUUACAACCCUGAAAGUUUCUCAUUUGUUGAGAAAUGGUACAACUGUAUAAAGAUCGUUAUUAAUAUGUAUAAGCUAAAUAAUAAGCAAACAGCGAAUAUGAACUUUACAAAUCCUAAAGAUGCUGUACUGGCAAGAGAUAUUGAUAACUAUUACCUUUCGAUUACACAAGAGAGGUUGCCUUACAAUGAAAUUAAGAAGCUAACUACUCCUCAAAUUCAUCAUAAACUUUGAGAAACCAGGAAGAUAUGAUUUUGGUGAUUCAACAGCUCACUUUCUUUUCAGAAGAUCCUUAAUCACAAACCACGAUGCAUAAUCCUAACUUCUUACACUUUGACUCCCUUUUAUUCUUAUGAGCAGGAAUUGCAGACAACCUUCCCAGUACAGCUAGAAUCAAAUCACGUUAUUUCCAAGGAACAAGUGAUGAUCUCAAUCUUGAAGAAAUCAACUAAAGGCAAAGGGUUCAACUUUUCGUACAAGGAAAGAGACAAUAGGAUAAUUGCGAAAGAUCUUGGCUCCACAAUCCUAGAGGUCUGCAAGAUCACUCCUGGCGGAGUGAUCUUGCUAUUCCAGUCUCCAGGGUUCAUGAGACAAAUUGCAACACAAUGGGACUCUUUGGCAAUUUCCAACAAUAUUAUGAAAUACAAGAGGAUCUUCAUUGAACAAGAACGAGAAAAGAGAUAUAGCGAGACUCUUUCAGGAUUCUAUAAGACAGCAUUCAGCACAGGAGCUCUCCUAAUGGCUACCACAUCAGGUGAUAUAAUGAAAGGGAUAGAUCUUUCAGAUGAAACCUGUCGAACAAUCAUUCAAAUAGGAAUUCCUUUUCCAAAUUUGGGAGACCCAAAAAUAUACCUAAAGAAGGAAUACCUAGACAAAAUGAAACUGGUAAAGAAAUCAAAGAACAUCCUUAAUGGUCAAAAAUGGUAUUUACUCCAGUCGACAAGAGCUGUAAAUCAAGCCAUUGGAAGGGUGGUCUCUCACAAGGGUGACUAUGGAAACAUCAUUCUCCUUGAUGAAAGAUACAUGAAUGCUCAACAGAAGAACCAGUUUAGCCAUUGGCUAAAGCAUUCUGUCAAAACUUUUGAUGAUAUUAACAAAAAUAAGAAGAUCUUUCAGGACUUCUUCAAAACCAUGAAAAAGAGCUUCGCUCCUAAAACUCUUCGGUACGAUAUGCUGAAGUUCAACUAUCCCAAGGCUGACUCUGAAGAGUACUUCAAUGAGAUAAAUCAGUCUGUGAAGAAAGCAGCAAAGGAGUUUAGAGCCAAAUAUGGAUACCUAGAUGACACCCAAAUGAAGAAAGGCCAAGAAGACCUCAGUACAAACAAGAAGGAAAUCUUUAGAGAUAUUAAAGUUGAGAACAAGAUCAAGAAGGAACAAGAAAUCAAGAAAGCAAAGGUAAAAUCUGAAGAAUUACCAAUUUGAGAAGAGCAAGAUAAAGCUGCCUCAGCAGCAAAGGCAGAUCAAGAAAUUCUCCAGAAAGAAAUCUCUGAGAUGGAGAAAUACACAGAUGAGUGAGAACCACUUAAAGAGAUUCUCUCUGAUGAAGACUUUGAAUCCUUUAAAGUAUUGAUAAGGCAGAUAAAGAAAUUUGAUGAUAGUUCUGACCAAAUUCAAAGACUCAUCUAUCUCACAUUUGGUGAAACUUCUAGUGAAAAGGCGAGAAGACAUAAGGACUUCAAGAUAAAACUUCAAAAACUUGAAGAAAUCAUUGACAACUUUUCAGAUCUACUUAAGAGGAAGGUCUUAAGAGAUUACCUUGAACGAUAUAUCUGUCCACACAAAUUUCGAAAUGAGACAGAUCCAAGUGCAACUUGUGACAAAAGCCAAAGCGACUCAAGUCUGAGUCAGAACAGCUUUGAUGUUGACUGUGACCGUCAAAGAAGGUUCCUAGACUCAGAUGACGAGGAAGAAGCCCAGUACGGAUUCAAUGUUGACCAAGAAGAACUUGACCAACAAGAGAAAGAGAAGGAAGACAAACGUAAACUUCGAGAACAAGAGAAGGAAAAGAAGCGUAAGAAGCUAGAAGAUGACUUCAAGAAUAACCCUGCGAAUUUGCUUAAUAAGAGAAGGGAUAUACAAGAAACAGUGGAGAAGAUCCUCACAAUUGACAUGAACCCGCUUGAAAGCCUAAAGACAGACUCAGUAAAAGACUCUAGUUAUAAUGGCAACAUGAGAGCAGAGUUUGGUACAAACCUGAACCAAAUCUUAUUUAUGGAUAAAGAUCAGCUAGAAUACCAUAAUUUCCAGAAAGAAAGCGAAGCUGUUGAUUACAUGGAAGCUCUGAAAGAAAAGAAAAAUAAAAAGAAGAAUAAAAAGAAGAAAGGCAAGGGAAAGAAGAAGGGUGUCGAAGUCCUUCAGGAUGAAGAUGGCUACCCUGUCAUGCAAAGAACCUACGAUCAUGGAUAUGAAGAAAUCGAUAAUUUUGAGGUUGAGGAAGAUAUGCUAAACCAGACAUUUAUGGAACAACUUGGAAAGAACAGAAAGUACCAGAUGCAUAAAAACUUAUGCGAAAAGGCUGGAUCAAAUCCUAUGUUCCCUUAACAAUCCCAAGAUAAGUUAUAUUAAUUGCUCAAAUAUUUCAAUA